AUGUCUACACUGGAUCACCAUGUUGUCCUUACAUGUUUACAGUGGAUCACCAUGUUGUCCUUACAUGUCAACACUGGAUCACCAUAUUCUUACAUGUCGUUACUGGAUCACCAUGUUGUUGUUACAUGUCGUUACUGCACGACACUGGAUCACCACGUUGUUGUUACAUGUCGUUACUGCAUCACCCUGUUGUCCUUACAUGCUGACAACGGAUCACCAUGUUGUCCUUAUAUGCUGACAAUGGAUCACCAUGUUGUCCUUACAUGUCGUUACUAUUCAUUAAAUCAAAGAAUUCGAGGUAAAACAUUACGGCUUGAGGAAAGCAGUGUACUUGGGGUAAAACAUUACGGCUGGAGGGUAAAACAUUGCGGAUGGAGGAAACCAGAAAACUUGGGGUAA